AUGAUUCACGAGAUUGAUGAACGACUAUUUCCAGGUUUUAGUCACUUUAAAAAGAUCGGUGAAGGCGCAUUCGGAAAAGUAUUUACAGCUUUGAACUCUAAAACGAAUAUUCAAGUUGCAAUUAAAUGUGUCGAUAAGAUUAAUUUGAUGACCGAAGCCAAUAGAACUGUUUUUCAAUCAGAAUUAGCUAUUUACAAUAAAAUUGAACAUCCAUUUCUAACCCAAUUUUAUGCAACAACAGAAGAUAACGCAGGUGUAUACAUAGCACUAGAAUUUGGAGAGAAAGGCACAUUACUGGAUAGAAUAGUAUCUCAAAGGAAACUGAAAGAACAACAAUCCUGUAAGAUAUUCUGCGAAAUUGUUUCAGCACUCAAUUAUUUACACAAUACUGCAAAAAUCAUUCAUAGAGAUAUCAAAGCCGAAAAUAUUAUAGUUGACAAUAAUGACGAUAUUAGGCUAAUCGAUUUCGGCUUAUCUUCUUUCAUGAACACAAAAGAAGAAAUGAAUGAAAGGUGCGGAACAUUUGUUUAUAGCUCACCAGAAAUGCUACGUGGAAUUCCAUACACCCAAUCUAUUGAUAUCUGGUCAUGUGGAAUAUUAUUAUAUUUAAUGGUUACCGGAACAUUUCCUUUUGCAUCAGAGGAUCAAAGAGAACUCAAACAAGACAUCUGUUUCAAAGAUCCACAAAUACCAACAUCGAUAUCUCAGGAUUGCCGCGAUUUAUUAUUAAAAUUACUGACAAAAGAACCUUCUGAAAGAAUUACCAUCGAAGAGAUUGCAGUACACCCAUGGAUAUUGGCAAAUAGAGCAUCAUAUUACCCAACAACUCAAUUCAAUGAAAACCUUAAAUAUGUUAUUACACCACAUGAUAAAUCAGACAUUAAUUCAUUAGUAGUUAAUAGCCUCUCGAAGAACGGAUGCAAUAUUUCUACAUUAGAGUCUGAUUUAUUGGAUGGUCGCUUGACUGAAUCCACUUUUAUAUAA